GCCGAGCAGCGCAGCAGCAGCAAAGGCCAGCCAAGGGAGAUCGUAUAUCAGCCAUCUCGCGUCGCCACGAAAACACGACAGUCGUUCGUCAUGCCUUGGAUAUAACAGCAAAUCCUCCACGGCACCCGCUUUAUAUAACGCAAGAAGGCAGCUGCAAGGACACGAGGAUGUGAAAGAGCCAGUGCAGCGCGACUUCACGUAGUGCAGAGGAGCCAAUGCCAAAAAAUCAAAAUACAUUGGCAUGUUAUUUGGACAAGAAAACUAGGAGAACCCAGGACGUGCAUUUCUCAGCACCCAGUCAACUGCCAAAAGUGACUCAAACACAGGCCACCAGUGGAACUCGGCUGUACCACUGCAGUGCUGCGGAAAUUGCCUUCACCAGCGGCUUUGCAACAGCUGUUUCGCAGCAUGUCGGAGACAAUGCCUACGAAAUUAUUGGCCCUGAUCAUGAGAGCCCUCAAGGGGCAAACAACAUCUCUGUUGCAGAAGUGAGCCCGAUACCACUUGGAAGUUACCAUGACAGAUGACACGGCAGCAAUAGAUACAGAGACUGCCAUGUCUACUGCAGCUGCAACAGUGUACGAGGCAAGCAGCAGCGCGUCAGCAUCAGCAGCAGUGUCAGAAGGAACCACACCAGGCCUGGUAGAGCAACAUGUGUGCUAUCACUGACUUUUUUUGUAGUGGAUACAACUCAUUUGCUCAACAUACAAAAGCUUUUCACCACGACUGUGAGCCAGUGUUAUUGUGCAGCAAGUGCAAGACUAAGUUAGGUGUUAUACCACAGUACAAGCAUCACUUUAAUAUAUGCAAAUGCAAACAUAUUACAGUUGUUGCCUCCCCAGCCAGCCCACAUAGUGACAACAAUGUGGAACACAUGGUGGGACACACCUCUCCCCCAUUACAAGAUAGUAGAGACUGUCAGUGUUGUUGCUAGAUUGACUGGUCUUUGUAGGCAACUAGAAGGACAACACAGGUGUCAUAAGAUUGUUGUUGAUGUUGUUGUUGAAGAGGUAAAAAAGAAGUUUGAUGCAGCUGAAGUGCCAACUGAUAUUGAGCAAAUCAAAAGCAACCACCUGAGAAAGCAACACUAUCGAAAUUUGGGUAUGUGCCGCCAACUCUGGUAAGAAUGGCAUAGGACAGAAGUGUGUUGAAAAUCACACAGACACUGCUGUUGCAUCACUGGCCACAGUGAGCAGCGACUUGUAGGGCAAGAGAGUCAACUGAAACUAACAUUAUGAUACAGUGUCAUGCUCCCAUGUGACCACUUUUCAAGUUAUUUUGCAAGAUACAGCUCAACCUCCAGAAACGAGACUGCAACUUGUCUGUAAAAAAGCUUUCACAAAAAAUUAUUCAUAACACUAUUAACAUAGCAGUAUCUUUUUUUUUGUGUCGGUUCGAGGUUCCCGGCUGUCCAUUAAUGCAAAAAUUGAGGAAAAAAAGAACAUGUGUCGUACUUACACCUUUUUAACAAGUACGAGGGGGACAGAACUUUUCUAGUCAUGCAUCUUCAUCAUACUAUCAAGUUUUUAAAUGCCUUUUAUAAUUAUUAUCACCAGUUAUAUCUGAGUGCAUUGUAUGCAUGUAGCAGGUGUAAAAUCAGGUCGGUUGGAUCAGAUGCCUUAUCUGCAAGCGAGCCCUAUAUUCAAGAAAUUUGAAUUAAAAUAGUUACGUUAGAGACGCAGUCUUUCAGCACUUUAUUGCCUGUGGUUUAAGCAUUGCUCAAUACUUUUGUGGGUGGCAAUUUCAACCGGCACAGCACUGCGCUUUGCCACAGUCACAUUUGUCUUCAAAGCGGUGUUUACCAUUUGUGUUGAUCUGUUUGUGUAUGCAUAGAGCAAGUGUUUAAUUUAUAUUUUUCUGCAUUCUUGUGCUUGCACUAAGCUUGUAUAAGGCAGUUACAAAAUGUGCGUCACUAUAACGAACUGUUCUGUUGAGCUUACACUUGCAAAUAAUCGUGUUCAGAUGGCCGCACUUCUAUGCGGGUGCACUGCUAGCUUUGUGUAUGUUCUCAUGUUUGUAUAAAGCUUAUAUAAGCUAGUUAGAAAAUGUAUGUCACUAAGCAUUGUGAUAUUCUUUAAAGAACUGCUUGGUUGGUUUUACACCUGUGAGUAAUAGUACUCGGGUGGCACUAGUCAUGUGUAGGUACACAGGGAGCAUUUGUAUACAUUAUGCUCAUGUAAAGCAGUUACAAAGUGUAUGUCACUAAUUACUGUGAUAUUUGUUGAAUUGCUGUGAUGGUUUUACACAUGUGAAUAAUAGUGGUCAGGACACAGUACUUGCAGUGUAUAGUUGAAUUUAUACACUGCCAAGACAUGGGCUGUAUACGUACCAAAAGAAAUGUAUGUCAUUAUAUUGUUGUGAUUAUUACUGUUUGGAUUUUAUUAAACUGUAAUAAAAUUGUUUCUUGUAUCUAUUGA